GAUAUGUAGUUCAAUUUUGCUUUUUUGCUCCCUAUGUCGCCCAAAAAUAUCAAAUUAAUGUCCUAACUCAGACAGGCGGUUCUAACUAGAAGCCACUCAAGCCUGCCUUGGACGACGAGUUAACAUGAAGAUACAUAUUUGGCUUCAGAAUACCUCGUACUGUGCUGAGCAAACCAUGCAGGAUGACUUACUGAUGGACAAAAGCAAAGCGCAGCCUCCACAGCAGCAAGAUCCAACGAACGUAGAUCCCCCUUCAACACCGACCCCUUCAUCGGAACCACCCGCUUCGGAGGAGAACACGACGAGCGUGAUCAGCCAAGCAGCCCAGGCGCAAAACAGUAAAGAGAAAGUCCCGAUGGAGUCUCCCAUUCUCCCGGGUUUGAGUUUCCACCAGCCACAGGAACCCGGCGGCACGUCCUUGUCCCCUUCAUUUGGGAGCACUUGGUCUACUGGGACCACGAACACCGUGGACGAUAGCUUUUUUCAAGGGAUACCCUCGGUGAACGGGACAAUGCUUUUUCAGAAUUUUCCCCAUCACGUAAACCCGGUUUUUGGGGGCAACUUCUCUCCCCAGAUGGGUUUGGCACAGUCGCAGCACCAACAACAACAGCAGCAGCAGCCGCCGCCGCCGCCGCCGCAGCAGCAGCAGCAGCAGCAGCCGCCACCGCAGCAAAGGAGGUCGCCCGUUAGUCCCAACCAAGCCCCUUUCCCCCAGAGAAACGCAUACAGUCAUCCGGCCGUCAUGAACAGCAAGGCUUCCUCGUCCUCUGCCUCCUCGUCUGCAUGGAAUAAUCACCAUAACGCCGCUUGGAGCACAGCCUCCAACCCCUGGAGCGGGCUCCAGGCAUGCAGGGACCCGCGGAGAGCUGUGGGUGUCGGAGUGGGUGUCGGCGUCGGGGUGCCGUCCCCCCUCAACCCAAUCUCCCCGAUGAAAAAGCCCUAUUCCAGCAACGUCAUCGCCCCACCGAAAUUCCCUCGAGCUGGUCCCCUCACUCCGAAAUCCUGGAUGGAGGACAACGCAUUCAGAACGGACAACAGCAACAAUAUGCUACCUUUUCAGGACCGGAAUCGGCCCUUUGAUGCAUUUAGCCUGCACUCUCUGGAGAAUUCCCUGAUGGACAUGAUCAGGACCGACCACGACAAAGGACGCAUGGGUCUGAAUUUUCACCACCCAGGAGCAGAUCAUAUAAUGGCACUGAACACCAGGAGCUAUGGCCGCAGAAGAGGCCGCUCUUCCCUCUUCCCCUUCGAGGACGCGUUCCUGGACGACGGGCACGGGGAUCAGUCCAUGACCCCGGGCAUGGGCUCCCCCACGCGCUGUCAGAACGGCGAGAGGAUCGAGCGCUAUUCCAGAAAGGUCUUCGUGGGCGGCCUUCCCCCGGACAUCGACGAAGACGAGAUCACCAACAGCUUUCGUCGUUACGGACACCUGGUGGUGGACUGGCCCCACAAGGCGGAGAGCAAGUCCUACUUCCCACCUAAAGGAUACGCCUUCCUGCUGUUCCAGGAGGAGACCUCUGUACAGGCCCUCAUAGACGCCUGCAUCGAGGAGGAGGGCAAGCUCUACCUGUGUGUGUCCAGCCCCACCAUCAAGGACAAACCGGUUCAGAUCCGGCCCUGGAACCUCAGUGACAGCGACUUUGUGAUGGACGGCUCCCAGCCCCUCGACCCCCGCAAGACCAUCUUUGUGGGGGGGGUGCCGCGGCCCCUUCGCGCCGUGGAGCUGGCCAUGAUCAUGGACCGUCUGUACGGGGGCGUCUGCUACGCCGGCAUCGACACCGACCCGGAGCUCAAGUACCCCAAGGGGGCGGGCCGUGUGGCCUUCUCCAAUCAGCAGAGCUACAUCGCUGCCAUCAGCGCCCGAUUUGUCCAGCUGCAGCACAACGACAUUGACAAGCGGGUGGAGGUGAAGCCCUACGUGCUGGACGACCAGCUGUGUGACGAGUGCCAGGGGGCGCGCUGCGGGGGCAAGUUCGCCCCCUUCUUCUGCGCCAACGUCACCUGCCUGCAGUACUACUGUGAGUACUGCUGGGCCAGCAUCCACUCCCGCGCCGGCCGGGAGUUCCACAAACCGCUGGUCAAAGAGGGAGGGGACCGGCCCCGCCACGUGUCCUUCCGCUGGAGCUGAGGGGCCCCGGGCCCCGCACACCGCCCCGGGACAGUGCUGCAGCUCCCCGGCCCCCCAACCCCCACCCACUCUCCCACGAGUCUGCCUUUUCAUUUUAAUCACUGUUCUCCCGCUCAUUGUCCUUAGAUAUGACCUACUCAGAAAAACGACCCAUCAGUUUAUCUGUUGAGAAUUUGCACUUUUGGCACUAAAAUGUACACAAACCACACGUUUGAGAGAGAGCGAGGGCGAGAGAGCGAGAGAGAGAGAGAGAGAGCCAGGCCUGGCACCAGACCCCUCUGCUCUGACAUCACUCGUCCCGUUGAGUGGGCCGGUCUGUCUGCCCCACCAGACUAAAGCCCUAGUGAGACUAUAUAUAUAUAUGAAAAUUAUAUAUUUUUUUGUUUUAUAUCUAUCUAUAUCUAGAUAAUUUAAUUUUGUGACAGGAGCAUGCACUUAUUUUCAGAAAUAGUAGGACAUUGCCCCUAGUAAAAAAUAAUAAAAAAACAUUACCAAAGGUAAAAGAAAAGAAUAAAUUAAUUUAAACUAAAAUAGGUGGCAUAACAUGUAGCAAAAAAGAAAGAAACAAUUAUUCAAUAAUCAGUAGUGUGGGUCACAAAUGCCCAGAUUUAGAAUAACAAGCCUAUAUCUGCUCUCCAUUUUGACUUUGAAAUAUUAAUACCUCAUAAGCUCAAUCAGAAUCCUUUUUUUUUUUUUUUUUUUUUUUGCUUUUAAUAUGUUUGGUUAGUUCUUUUAUUUGUAUUUUUUUAUCAUUUUACUGUUAUGUAAAUGUAAUGCUGCAAUAGCUUUUGCUGCUAAAUCCAUGGUAUAUCCUCAUGCCAUAGUACUUUAUUCAGGCUCGUGUGUAACGAAAAAAAGGACUAACAGGUGAUGGAGGAGGAGUGCACCUUCUACGGAGGGUGACCA